AUCCCACUAAGAGCCACUAAAACAGCUGAUACGUAAACCGACCGCUCUCUUGUUUCUACGUGUGAAUCUUCUCCAAACACUCGUCACCGAGCAGACAUGCUGCUCGUGUUAGAAAGCUUUGCCUCUCCUGCUGCAUUCUGCACCAUCAGGAGUUGCUGAAUAAAUGUGCCAUUCAUCCCUGGGCUGCCCUGUGUGUGUGUGUGUUGUUUUUGUUGUCGCUGUUGGACUCACGUGGACAAUAUAAUUGACAGACGGCUCUCAUUUGAGCCUGGUCCGGCCACGGGGAAAGGAGGACGGACGCAGCGAGUUGAGACGUCGGCCCCGAAUGUUUAGUCCUCCGCUCGAAGGCGUUUUCAGGUCGGCCAUUGUCUGAUUGGGCGAGCAUUCCAGAGGAGUCCCGUUUGAACGAGGCGGAGGGAGCGUACGUGUUUCGACUGUUGCAAACUUUUGGAAAAGGUCGAUGGGAGCCAAGUACACAAUCUGCUGCUGUCAGCUCUAUCGGAAACACAACAGCGAGGAGAAGGAUGCCAUUUUGCGUAUGCGCACCAGCGGACAGCCUGCGGUGUCCAGCGGGUCCAGCGACAGCGACACAGAAGAGGAGAGCCUCUUCGGGCCUCGGCCUUCGAGGAGGUGCACAAACGGCCCCUGUGGCUCCCCCACCAGGAGAGGGUCGGACCGAGAGUUGCAGGCUUUUAUAAGCAUGAGGGACCAGGCCGACAAGGCUACUGAGGAAUGGGAGAAGCUGAACUACGACAUACACUCGUUACGCUACGCCAGGCGGGAGGUCCGAUCUCGGUGGAGGAAGAUCCUGCUGCAGCUCGGUUAUCAGUGCGAGGUGGACGCCUUGCUGCGCGUGAACAAACAGAGGCGGCUCAGUCGGGAUCAGGACCGACUCAACAAAGCGGGCGAACUGUUGAAACAGCUGGUGGACCGCACCUCUCUGUUUCCCCCGGAAACGGAACACCAGAGCAGAUACCUCUGCGUGAUGGACCGCCUGGUGUCACUGGACAGCGCAGAGGACUUUGUCAGACUGGCUAAAGAAAAAUAUCCCCAGCAAAGUAGACUGAGAGACAAUGACGUGAAAAAAGAAGACAUAUGAGCGGGUAAAGAAAUAUUUUUAAAUUAUACUGUGAAAGUAAAGCAUUUGUUUUUUUGCCAAACUCUUAACAUUCAUUCAAUUCUGUAGGAAAAUGUAGUUCUAAUGCCAAAUUAAACCUUCUCUUUGAUGUA